AUGAUGCUCAAAUCUCUCGUCACAGUUUCCGCAGGCCUCGUCGGAAGCGCCCAUGCCUUCUGGCGCAUGGAGUGCCCUGGCCGUGUCGGACUUGCACGUCUCGACCCUAUCAUCGACCCUGGCACAGUUUCGAAGCACGUUCAUUCAAUCCACGGUUCAUCUGGAUUCGCUGAUACUGUUACUACUGAGCAGCUUCUUGAUGCUGAUUGUACUUCAUGCCGAGUGACACAAGAUAAGUCUUCUUACUGGCAUCCUGCGCUAUACUUCGAAGAUUCAGACACUGGAAAGUUCGAACUUGUUCCUCAAGUAGGCGGUAUGCUUGCUUACUAUCUCCUUUUUGGAGACAAUAUCACCGCUUUCCCACCCGAUUUCAGAAUGCUGUCUGGCUCAAAUGAACGACGAACGUACUCAUUCGGCGACCCAAGCAAACCGGAUCCUGAGAAGUCAUCGUGGCAGGCUCUUGGCCAGACCUCGCAAAGUGAUUUAGCUGAGCGCGCACUUGGUUUUAACUGCCUCAACUACGACAAGACCCCUGAAGGCACUCUGUACCGUCACUACAUGCCCGAUAAGAACUACCUCGAUGCGAACUGUAAGGAUGGAAUCCGUCUCGAGCUCAUGUUCCCGUCUUGCUGGAAGGGCGGUGAUGCCGUCGACAGUGAAAACCACAAGGACCAUGUCGCAUUCCCCGAUCUUGUCAUGACUGGCACAUGCCCCAAGGAUUAUCCUGUUCGACUACCUAGUCUCAUGUAUGAGGUGAUCUGGAACACUGCCGCUUUCACCGACCGAAACGGCCGAUUUGUCUUUGCCAACGGCGAUACUACCGGUUACGGAUACCACGGAGAUUUUGUCAUGGGUUGGGAGGAAGACUUCCUUCAGGAGGCUGUCAACACCUGUACCAGUGAAACUGGAAGGAUUGAGGAUUGCCCCCUCUUCAACGUUGUCAGCGAAGAGAAAGCCAAGACCUGCGAAAUGAAGAUCCCCAACAUUUUGGAAAACGAAGACUGCAAGGGCCCCCUAAAGGCACUCCCUGGCAGCAACGGGCACGGUUCUGGAGAUGGCGAGAAGCCUGAUCCUUCCGGUCUCAACCCUGUACCCACUCUGACCUAUGCUCCUGGCGAAAGGCCAGAGAACUCUGCUUCGCCUCUGCCAGGUCAGAUCUUCAAGGUGUCGUCGGCUUAUGAAGCCCCCGCUCCUGGACCCAGCUCCGUCAACACAGAGAAACCUUCCCCUAUCUUCUCCAAGAUCUCUAUUCCCUCUGCGCCAGCCCUUCUACCGAUACCCACUAUUGAGGCUGUCGCAGACGUCGGUGUGGUUGCGAUCGAAGCUACCACGCCUGUUGAGGCCCAGGCUCCUACAACCACCCCUGCGCCUGAGCUCCUGCCAGUUACGGACACCAAGAGCUUUUAUAGCACACAGUAUAUCACCAACGGCAACCUCGUUAGCAAGAUUCUCUGGGAAGAGGAAGUGGUUUAUGUGACCGACAUUCAAGAGGAGGUAGUAGUUGUCACCGUCACAUCAACUGCCAUUGCUACACCUUCAGUAGGACCGGUCCCGGCGGCGGCUCCUCCAGUUGCUGCCCCUCCGGCUGCAGCCCCCCCAGCGGCGGUUCCGGCCAGAAGGAGACGUCGUGGUGCUCAUCUGCACGGCCAUAGACGCCCUCAUUUUUAG